AGGACCAUUCGAGCUCUGAGCUCCAUCUUCCCCGCACUCCUUCCUCUGCUGCCGCUACCCGCAAUGCAAGCGCUUACCACCGACAGCCAGCACCUCCUCGCCGAGACCGACGUGUUCGCGGAGGAGCAGCAGGCCAAGCAAGAUCAGCUCGAUGCGCUGCUGAACAUCCUCGCGCCGCCGCUAGAGCUGGAGGCCCGGGACGACAACGACGGUGACAAUGGUGCUGCGGCGUUUCCUGCAGAACACCCGGCCGCGCCCGCGGACCUGGCGGCGCUGCAGAGCUUCCUGGCCAGCGACGCCGCGCAGCAGGACAAAAUCGAGCAGCUCGUGAACUUCCUGGCCGACGGUACGGCCGUCGUGGCGACGGAGAUCCACGACGAGCUGGCGGCCGACAGCCCGGCUGCGGACGUGUUCGACGACGAGCAGACGCAGCAGGAGCAGAAGCUGAAGGACCUGGCCGACAGCCUGGCCGGCAACAAGAACGGCAACACGGCCACCGCCCUGCUGGCCACCAACGCCGGCGACGUGGACGCCACCGGCACGCAGACCUCGUUCCUAAGCGUGGUCGGAGGCGCUGUCGUGCUGCUCGUGGCCGUCGUGCUGGCUGUGGCCACCAGGCGCUCGCGCUCCAAGCACGAAAAGACGGACGACGAGAACAAGGACUUUAGCUACAGCAUCCUGUACGAGUGA